AUGGCGUCGCAACAAUUUUGCCCGACUGAAGAACCAUCUUUCUCGAAAAAGAAAGUUAUGAGAUCUCUUAUGCAACCAUCCACGUAUGUCAAUGCAUCCUGGCAGUCAGCGGGAUCCUGGGAAGCUCUGGGAGUCGGUGGUGGUUGUCUUGGAGGACGAGAAGGUGGUAGUGAUUUUGGAGGAGGUGCGAGUGGCGGUUGUGGAUGCCUUGGAGGAGGAGGAGCUGGGGUUUGCGGUGGCGAGGAUCGAGGAGGUGUUGGUGAUGGCGGCUGCCACCAAGGAGACCAGGGCCAAGGCCAGCCCCAUGCAUGGGUAGCACUAGGCAUGCAAACCAACAUUAGGGCAACAAAUUUAACUCUGUCACCCUCCAUUUUGAUGGUCACUGAUGAAAAGUUCCGCAGAUGUGCUGUGUUGAAGGGCAGAUAA